AUGACGGCCUUGAAGGCCACAAUCUUUUCUCUUUUUAGCCACAAUAGAUCUGAAAGAUCUGAUGGUGGAGAUUCUGGUGAUUCGAACUUAGUCAUCGACUACAGCAUCGCGUACUUCUUAAUGGACCUUUUCCAUUUCAUCGUCUUCAACCCCAGAGACCUCAUCUUCAUAGCCAACCACUUGGUGACACUUUUCGCCUUCCUCACGUGUCGGUACCUAGUCUCUCAUGGUACCUGCGCCAUACUCGUGCUCCUCAUCCUUGCCGAGGUCACUUGCGCGUGCCAGAACAAUUGGACGCUCGUAAAUGCUUGGAAGAACGAUGUCGUAUUCGCCACGAAACUGUAUGGUCUCCUAUCUGCCCCCUUUUACACAGUGUAUUCGAUUGUCAGGGGUCUUGUGGGACCGUAUUUUGUGUACAAAAUGUUUACGUUUUAUUCUAGUGGGGCAGCAAAGAGUGUGAUCCCAAAAUGGGUGUGGGUUUCUUGGAUUGCUGUAAUUCUUACGGCUAUUUCUGUUAGUAUAUUGUGGGUUUCGAAUCUUUGGUUUACAGAGAAAGAACGGGAAAACUGGAGAACGGGUUUCGAAUCUUCUAACAGUAGGAGCAAUGCUAUGAUGCCCAAGGUAGUGAAGAAAACAAACACUGUUCUUGCCUUGCUCAAUAAUUUGCAGCCAUAUUGGUAG